GGUUUCCUAUAACAUACAAUAAUUUAAUAAAUUACUUUUAUUUGAUGUAUGUUUGGUUGCCUAAACAUCUAGAAAGUUACCUAGCAUAAAAUUCACCAAAAAAUUAACUGUCGACAUUGUGGUUUCAGUGGUUAUGUUAACCUAACCUAAAAAAUGUAUCUGUGCCGUUACAAUAGUGCCACACUUUACUAUAAUUUAAGCAUGUAAGCUUUUUUCAAGUUUACUCAAUAUCUAUCUAAGCGAGACAAUAAUUGAAAUUUCAUGACUUUGAUUAUUAUUAUGCUACAUCCACUAACCGAGUAGUGUUUUGUUUACAACUUGUGGUUAAAUUUUAAAACUAGUUCACAACCGGAUUUUCGGACGCAGUACAAAAUAUAAUAACCUCAAAGACUACAUAAAGAUGUUCAUUUCUUUAAAUGUAAUUAUUGCACAUGUAAUUUUAAAUGCUUAUUAAACAAAAUGAAAGUGAAACAAAACGUGGAAACGUGCAAGUUUAAUUUUAUAUGGUUCAACUCUUUUCGUGAUUACGUACGAUUAUAAUUUUCUUCUACGUUACAUAACACGGUAAAAACAAAACAAUUGCUAUACAACAAAAGAAAAUCGGUUUAAAGCAUUAAUAAAACGAGUUAAAAUUACAUGAUUACUCAUCAUAACCUAACAUUUCUACAAAAUGAAGAACACCCACGUUGAAGCAGAGACAGCGAAACAAACAAAAGUUGUUUACUUUUCUAACCAACAUCGAAUGUGCGUGGUUCGCUGGCGAUAGUUUCCCUUUCAUUUCGGCGCACGCCAACCGCCUAUAAAUAACGCGUCUGUGGUUAUCCCGACAUCAUUCACAGUUCGACACUCGUGCCGGACACAAGUCAGCUUCCUUCCUCCCGUGUGGAUUACUAACUAAGCCAGGAUGUUCGUUCGAGUAGCUCUAGCCGCAGUGUGUCUGCUGUACGUCGUGCAAAUGGCGGUUGCCGGUGGAGGCGGUAAACACCAUAAAAAGGUGAUAAUCCACGUCCCGGUGAAGAUCCACAAGAUCCAUCACACGCAUACUGUCUACAAGCACGUCGGCGGCAAGAAAGGCGGCGACGAUCAUGAGUACUACAAAGUGAUCGGCUACAGCGGCGGAAUCGACCACGGCAAGGUGUUGCACGCCAGCGGAGGUCACGAAGGUGGCGGUGGUGGUCACGAAUCCGGGCAUGAAUCCGGCGGGCAUGAAAGUCAUGAUUUCGGACACAGUUUCGGCGGUGGUUUCGGCGGUGGUCACGCUGAAGGCGGGCAUGAAUCUGGUCAUGGACACGAAGCCAUCGCAAAGGAAUCUCAUGAUGAUGGCGGGCAUAACUUCGGUGGGCAUGAUUUUGGUCAUGCAUUCAGCGGUGGUCAUCAUGCAAGCGAAUUGAGCAGUCAUUCUGAACACAGCAGUUAUUCAUCAGGAAGUUAUGGCGGACAUGAUGAUGGACAUGCCAGUCACGAGGCGUAUUCUGGUGGUUAUAGCGGUGGUUAUGGCGGUGGUGAUGCAAGUGAAGGUGGCAGCCAUGAUGAUGGUGGUCAUUCAUCGUAUGGUGAGCAUGGUGCUGCCAGUCAAGGGUUGUCCAGUUACGCAUCCGACGGUUAUGCCGGAUUUGGUGGCGACACCCACGGCAGUUACGAGAGUUCAGACCAUUCUGAACAUGGCGAUCAUUCGGGAGGGUAUUAAUGCAUCGCCACUUCUGAUUUUUUUAUCGAAUCAAAGAACUUGCUAGUCCUCGCUUUUAAUACCUGCUGCAGAUGAGAGUAUCUCGAACAUUCUCGAACAUCAUUCCAGUAUCAUUCAUCAACUCGUUGAGUUCUAAUGUUUUUGUUUUUAGAUUUUUUCCAGUUGCUUGAAAAGCUGUGUAUGUUUCGAUUCGCUGCGGAUCGAAAUUUGUUGAGUAGUUGAUAGAAAUGUUUAUAUUUAUAACUU